AUGGCCACCUACCUGGAGCUGCCCACCUGCGCGAGGAUGCCCAUCCUGGGACUGGGGACCUGGCAGUCUCUCCGAGGAACAGCGAGAGAUGCAGUGAAGUUUGCCAUUGACGUUGGGUACCGCCACUUUGAUUGUGCCUACCUGUACCAGAACGAGAGCGAGAUCGGGGAUGCGCUGCGAGAAAAAAUUGAGGAGGGGAUUGUGAGGAGAGAAGACCUCUUUAUUGUCAGUAAGCUGUGGUCCACAUUCCACGAGCGAUCCCUGGUGAAGGAGGCAUGCCAGAGAACACUUGCUGCCCUCCAGCUGGAUUAUUUGGAUCUCUACCUGAUGCACUCUCCCAUGGGAUUCAAGGCAGGAGAGGAGCUAUAUCCUGCAGAUGGAAACGGCAUGAUCAUUCCCAGUGAUACAGAUUUUCUGGAUACAUGGGAGGCUAUGGAAGAGCUGGUGGAUGCAGGAAUGGUGAAGGCCAUUGGAGUCUCCAACUUCAAUCACAAACAGAUAGAUCGACUCUUGAGCAAACCAGACUUAAGACACAAACCUGCAAAUAAUCAGAUUGAGAGCCAUCCCUAUCUUCCUCAGGAAGAGCUGAUUAAGUUUUGCCAAUCCAAAAGGAUCUCUGUCACUGCCUAUUGUCCCCUUGGAGCACCCAACUGGCCAUGGUAA